ACAAUGCAAGCACACGAGCUGUUCAGAAGUCUGCGAAUGCCAGAGCUUGGGGAUGUCAGGCAGUACGUGCGCACCCUUCCGACAAACACGCUCAUGGGCUUCGGUGCUUUUGCAGCUCUCACUACCUACUGGUAUGCAACAAGACCUAAAGCUCUAAAACCACCAUGUGAUUUAGCAAUGCAGUCUGUGGAAGUAGAGGGUGAUGAGCAUGCUCGAAGGUCCUCCCUCCUCAAGAGCGAUGAACUAUUGAUUUACUAUUAUGAUGACGUGAGAACAGCUUAUGAUAUCUUCCAAAGGGGUGUGCACGUAUCAAAUAACGGUCCCUGCCUGGGCUAUAGAAAACCAAACCAGCCCUACGAGUGGAUCUCCUACAAAGAGGCUUCAGACAAAGCAGAGUACGUGGGCUCAGCAUUACUUUACCGAGGCUUCAAACCAUCAUCUCAAGCUCAAUAUGUUGGAAUUUUUGCACAAAACAGACCUGAGGUAAUUUAAAUGAAGGAAUUUGUG